AACAAGAAAAGUCUCUGUACCAUGCAUGUGGUCAUAAAAUACGGCCAAAUUCACAAUUCUCCCACUUAUAAUGAAAACCACUAAAUUUGCUUGAUUUAUAUCAAUUUAAAACUGAUGGGUGAAAUUCCUCCCUAAUCAAAAUUGAAGCUCUCAACCAUCAACAAUGGCGUCGAAAGAGUCAAGCAACCCGGCGCUCGAACCGGAUACGGAGAGCCCAGCGGAUCCGGGUCUGGAAUUGGCCCAGUUUGCCGCCGGUUGCUUCUGGGGGGUAGAAUUGAGCUUUCAGAGAGUGGAAGGCGUCGUCAAGACUGAAGUGGGCUACUCGCAAGGCCACGUCCACGACCCCAAUUACGAACUGGUUUGCACCGGAUCCACCAACCACGCCGAAGUGGUUCGCCUCCAUUUCGACCCCAAUGUUUGCCCCUACACAACUUUGCUUCAUGUCUUCUGGGCCAAACAUGAUCCUACUUCUCUUAAUCGUCAGGGAAAUGAUGUUGGGACACAGUAUAGGUCAGGGAUAUACUACUACAACGAAACACAAGCAAAAUUAGCACAAGAAUCAUUAGAAGCAAAGCAGAAAGAGGUGAAGAAGAAGAUAGUGACAGAAGUAGUUGGAGCCAAGAGAUUCUACAGAGCUGAAGAGUAUCACCAGCAGUAUCUGGAGAAGGGCGGAAGAAACGGCGCUGGCCAGUCUGCCGCCAAGGGCUGCAACGACCCCAUCCGUUGCUACGGUUGAUUUCCAUCUUCACAAAAACUUGGUUUAUGUUUGAAAGCUUAGAUGGAUUAUGCUUUGUCUUUAUUUUCUCCUACUAUGUUAUGUAUUGAGCAGAAGAAGCCUACAUCUACUUCCCACCUAUCAACUUGUAUCCCCAAAUUGAGGUGUUAAUAAACUCUCUUCACCUCGGAUGUAUGACCAUCAGAUUCAUGUUCAACUACUUUCUACUCUGUUUCGUUUCAGGUGAUAA